AUGCAAGCGUUAGACAAAGAACAACUUGAUAAUAAUAGUUUACCUUCUAAUAAUAUGGAUAAUACUGAAUUUUCUUCUCCUCACGCGCUCUCUUCGGAACAUGAUAUCUCAUCACAUGACAUCUCAAAUGAAAAAAGAGAUGCACCGAUUACAAACGAACAAGAUGCGAUGAGCAUUGAUCAUCCUGAUGAGUUGCUUGAUCAAAAUAAAACAAACACUGCUAAUCCCAAUACAGACGGAUCUGCAGCAAUUAAUAAUUCUACACGAGCUAUCACUACUUACGAAGUUUUCAUACCUCGGGAUAGUUUCAACAAAGAAAAAUCAAAUAAUGAAAUUUUAGAUCAAAUCAAAAAUGCAUUUGUCAAUGACAAAUCAGCUAUCAAAUUUAAAAUACAUACCUCAAUGACGUACACAUAUUUUGUUAUUACACUUACGUCACAAGAAACUUUUAUCCGAUUAACCACCAAGCCUAUAACUAAUCUAAAUAAUAUCAAAGCAUAUGAAUUAACACAGCAAAAUAUUGAAUCACGUGCAUUCAAAAUCUUUAAACCGCAAGACGAUAAUAUUUUAAGAGUAUUGGACGUCCCAUUUAAUUAUGACGUUAAACUACUAGUAUCACACAUUGCUACUACAACUGGUAAAAUUAUAGUAACCUACAAAGUGCUCAAAAAACGUCCUAGAGAAAUUAGAAAUAGAUUCAAUAACAAAAAAAUUUUUAUCAACCCACCAUACAAACUAGUUAUCAUUAAAUUUGAUAGUAAUGGUGCCUUACAAUAUCUUAUGGACAAAGAUAUGUGGGGAAUUCUUAUAGAAGACUUUUUAGUCAGGAUUGUUCCAGGAAACAUGCAAUGUGAUGAAUACAAAAAGCGCACUUCAUCAAGUUUCUUAGUAACUGGUAUUCCGCUUAACGCGAAUAUCUUUGACCUUAAAAAUCUUAUUACCUAUUUAAAAGGACGCACUUGUACCUUCACCCAAACCAAAAGGACGUCACUACACAAAAAUGCUUAUAUAUAUUAUGAUUUGAAUGAUUAUAAAGAUUCAACUCCAGUUCCAAAAUUUUCAACUGAUUUCAAUAACUCAAAAUUAUUCAUAUAUAAAUCAGAAGCCCACGUUAGAACAUGUGGUAAUUGUGGCGACUCUACUCAUCAAAUUAAUGAAUGUCCAGACUCAAAAUUUUCAUUAGGUCAUAGAGGUCAAAAAUAUUUCAAUAAGAAAUACAGUAUAUCAAACGAAAUAAUAAAUUCACAAAGCGUUAAUAGAAACAAUAUUAAUUCCAAUAAUAACACCGCCACUACAUCCAAUAAUGCACGUUCAAAUAAUAAUAAAUCGAAUUUUAAUACAUCAAAACAAGGAUCAACUCCCCGUGGCAGUACGUCAAAUUCUUUUGAUGUAAAAGAAAAAGAAGUUUUACUCAAAAGAAUUAAUAAUCUUGAAGCGGCUGUUAGAGAGCUUACGGAAAUGGUCUACAUUCUAAAAGAAUCUAAAGAUUCUACCAAAAAAGAUAUUGCCAUCAAUACACACAAUAUUACGUCGUUAAACAAGAAGUUUGAUAACAAUUCCUCUUCUAAUGAUACCCAAAUACGUACUCAUAAACAUAAUACCAGACAUAAUCCUUAUGGACAAUCUUCUUACCAACAAACGAAAAAUAGACACAUUCCUCAACACGAAGAAGUCGUAUACGAAAAUGAUAAUGUUAUGGAAGAACAAGAUGAAACAUAUGCUGAACAUGAAUAUGACAGCACAUAUAAAACAGAACAAGUGAACGAAGUAAUCCACCCUAAUCUUAACAAUUCUACUCCCAAGAGAUCGUUUCUUGUACUAGAAUACUAA